CAAUAAAUUCCGAGCUCGGUUCAAGGGCAGUGCUCGUUCAUACGACAUUAGUACAGUAUUGCGUUACAUUGGCUUGCCAUGGCCGAAUAAUCAAAAUUCAGUUCACAAAUCAAUGGGAAUAUAAAGGCCGCAAUAUUACAUUCUCUUACAUUCAUACAACUUCCCGUGCCAUCCAGAACCUGCAACUCAGAUUUUUAAAAUGAGCACGUAUCUGCAAAGGCCCGAAUUGUCAGGAACAAUCCCCCAGUUGACGUCGUCUUCACCGUUAAGUCAUGCCCCGGAUCAAGACUCAAUGAGAUCAAACCUGCAAUCAUGUCUCAAGUACCUGGACCGAGUCCAUGACACAAUGAACUGUGUUCACCAGGAAGUCCUGGAAAUCCGCACCCGCAUUACAGAGCUUCUUCUCACCUGUCAGUCGGAAAUCACCAUGGGCGGUGAAGGCACGUUGGAUAGUAGCAUGGACUUCCAGGCAAUCAGUGAUGAUGAGCCUCAGACUGUCAUGCCACUUGCGCAUGAUGAGCUCAAUGUCGUUCCACCGUCGUUGGCCCUUCCAAAGCUCUCCAUCUCGGAAGAGCCGCUGGCAUUCCAGGGCCAAUUUGUAGACCUGAAGUACGAUCCUUUAGGGUUGACUAGGACCUUGUCGGAAGGCCUGCGCGACAGUAAACUUCCCCAAGACCUGUUGCUCAGUGGCACCUCUGGUAUCGUCAGCCAUGGGCUCGAUGUACCUGUAUUGCUACCUGAGUAUGACAUCUACUCUGCUGCGAAGACUUUGUCCGAGUCUUCCACAAGUCAAGACAAACGACAUGUUCCCCGGUCGAUUGCGCAGGGCAGCCAAGAUAGAGUAAAUUGCUCCUGGCCUGGAUGCUCGAGAGCUGUCAGGAAGGAUAACCUCACUCGCCAUGUGAACGAGAUGCAUCGGCGGAAGGUUAAGGCCACCUGCACUGGCUGUGGAAAGGGGUUCGCACGCCCUUAUAUGCUGAAUGAGCAUAUCUGUCAAGCCUAGAUAUUACGCACUCGCUGAAUGGUGCCGCUUCGGUUUUGAUAGGUCGCUGAAAGCUCCACGAUACGAAGUCCUCGAAAGCACGAGAACUUAGAUAGUGCACCAAUACAAAUGAAAUUUGAUAUGACUACUUCUCGUACAGACAUGGAGGGAGAGCAUGCUGCUGGAUUGAGACAUACUGGUGAUCCGUCUUUGACCCAUGGGGGUACUCAACUCCAAGAGGCACGUGGCUGCAGAAGGGCUUAGGGAAGUGAUUUGCUCGAGGUUAAUUGCCGUCGAGUUGAAAAAGUGUUUGGG